AUAUAAACGGCCGCCCCCGGGUCGGUGGUGGGAGAACUCGCUAAAACCAACGUCAAAAUCCAGCGGAAGCGUCAGUUGCUUACAAUCAGAUUGGAUGCGUAGGAAACCCAUCUAGAUCGUGAGCUCACAUUCAAGUUCCUGCUGCUGCUGUUGCCGCCGUAGUGGUGCUUCGAUUCCCGUGCGCCGUGCCGCCGUUACGCGCUGUUCUCGUGUGCAAUAAUCGCUUCCCGAGUAGUGCAAUAUUCUUGGUUGAAAAGACGAAUUAACCAGCGGUGUUCCCGGGAUAGAGUGAACAAAAAAUAAAAGAAAGAAACAAUUCUAGCGCGCGCGUGUGUGCUCCCAUCGUGUGGUUCGUUUUUGUUUUCUUUUCGUUCGGUGUAUUUGUGUGUCCCAGUGCUUGUUGCUUGUGUGUUUUUUGGCGAAGACAAUCCCACCACCCCAUCCAGAUCUUGCCAGCCGCCUGUUGUUAAUCCGACCCGAGAGUGCAAUAAUAGUGCACUAGACGCUGUUUCAGCGAUCCAGGAGAUACCAGGCAGCCGAAACAAGCGCGAGCUCGUACUGCAACAAAUAUAAUCGUCAACGAAUACUUCAAACACCGUGGUGUGACUGCACAUCUCCAACCCUUAACGUGAAGCUAUAGCAUCAGCAGAGCUUGUAUCUAGCGCCCGAGCCAAAUAUCCGUUCCUGUUCGUGUUUCGUUCCAGCCCGUCACAAACCUGCACACAUACUCACAGAAAUGGCCUUAAUUAUGAAAUACAUUGACAGUAUGCAUCACUACAUGGACAAAUACGGAGAUCCCCGGACGAAAGAUUGGCCACUGAUGUCGUCGCCGCUCCCAACCCUAGCACUAUGUUUAGGAUAUGUGUACUUAGUCAAAGUCCUGGGUCCAAGGCUAAUGGAAAACCGCAAACCCUUCCAGCUCAAAAACACCCUCAUAGUGUACAACUUCGUUCAAGUCGUGUUCAGUGCCUGGUUAUUCUAUGAGAUUGGUGUAUCGGGUUGGCUAACGGGACAUUAUAACUUCCGAUGCCAGCCAGUCGACUAUAGUAACCACCCCAAAACGCUGCGGAUGGUGCAUGCCUGCUGGUGGUACUACUUCUCAAAAUUCACCGAAUUCUUUGACACGUUCUUCUUUGUAAUGCGCAAAAAGAGUAGUCAAGUGUCUACAUUGCACGUCAUUCACCACGGAUGUAUGCCAAUGUCGGUAUGGUUCGGUGUUAAGUUCACUCCAGGCGGUCAUAGCACGUUCUUCGGCCUUUUGAACACGUUCGUACACAUAGUGAUGUAUACGUACUACUUGUUUACUGCCCUCGGACCGCAAUUCCAGAAAUAUUUGUGGUGGAAGAAGUAUCUAACCGCCCUUCAGAUGGUUCAAUUCGUCCUGAUUAUGGUACACGCUUUCCAGCUGCUGUUCAUCGACUGCAACUACCCGAAAGCUUUCGUCUGGUGGAUCGGAAUGCAUGCUGUGAUGUUCUUCUUCCUGUUCAACGAGUUCUACCAGUCCACAUACAAGGCUCAAAAGCUAAAGAGAGAAGCUGCCGCUGCUGCCAAAAAGCGGGAAAGUGAGCUGCUCCUGCAACAACAAAACGGGCACAUGGCCAACGGCAGCGCCGGCAAUGGUACGCUCAGCAAUGGCACCGGCAACAAGGCGGCCGAUUAUUACGUCCGAGGCGACGUCCCGGCCGAGAUGGAACUGACGCAACGGUCAACAACGAACACGCGCACGACAGCCCAAUAAUAGCGGGAUAAAGGCAGACAGGCCGCUUACGGUUCUUGUAAUUAAUUAUUAAUUUAUUGUAAAAUUGUCCCCGAAAUCCGCGCGUGUGUACGUUUGUGGGGUUGUAUGAGUGUGUGUGUGUGCGUGUGCAAGCAGCAGAAGCAGGAUGUGUCGUAGACGCCCGUAUCUCUCGUCCUGAGUACUUGUGCCGAUCUUUUUUUCAUUUUCCAUUGCGAGCUCUGGUGUCUGCUACUACAACAGCUUUUAAGUUGAUCAAUUCGCCUUUUAGAAAAAGAAAAUGUUUUAAUUCUAGCCCCAUAACUACCUGAGCGCACCACACAUACAACACAAGCACACACAGUCACGCACGCACACCGAGAGGUUCGUCGCUGAGAGAAACAGUUCUACUGCAAACAUGCAACCUGAUGACGACGAAUGUGGGCUCCUUUUGUAGGGCAAGGUUUAGAAGUAGUAGUGGCACGGGGGUUGCGAUGAUGUUGCGCGCCUUCCGGGGUCUGUUUAGUAGGAUUUCAAGCAAACGGAAGGGAGUAUGUCACUUUUGGAUAUACGUAUGUGUAAAUGGAGAUUAAGAGAGGAAAAGGGCCAGGCAGCUUUACACCUUCUUGUCUAUCUUUUCUUCUUUAAGUUUAGUAAGAAAGAAGCUGCACACAGCCCGCCGGCCCCGUUGUGCCGCUGCUACGGGGUAUGGUUGAUGAUUUAUUUUGAACAAACACAAAAAAGAAAAGAAACACAAGCAAUUGGGCUAGAUGAAGUUGUGUACAGAUUAUGGCGAUGUGUAAUGUAUGUAAUGUAAUGAUGGUGCAACAACAAUCAGUAAAAAAGAUAUCAACCCAGGAGAUGAACUGCAAGUGGCAGAGGAGAAGAAGGUACAUAGCGUUUAAAGGGCUAGUAGAAUGGGUACGAGAAAACACUAAAAGAAACUAAACAAAAAAGAAGAAACGGUCGAAUAAAAUCAAGGAUACAUAGUUCAUAGGAAAUGACAAAAGUGCAAGCAAACUUAUAUAGAUAUACGUGUGAGUGGUUGUGUGUGCAUGGGCUCGUAUGUAUGGGUGCGAGUGGUGGGUGUGUAUGCUAUUGGGAAAAUGUAAGUUGGGGUGGGGUCCGUUAUCAGUAAAGACGAGCGUCAUCGUCCGGCCGAUCGUCCUUAACGUCCUUGUUCAUUAGUAUCAAUUUUCCACCGUUUUUUGCGAGAAUUGUGUGCUUUUCCUUCCGAUUCUUCCUAUUCUGUCCUUCACCCACCACCCCAUCUAUGAAUGCUUCUUCCUGUCACAUACGCUUCCUGUAUCUUGUUGACUCCUAAGCGUAUUCCCCAUGCCGGGAGGAAAUGGCUGGCGCUGGUACAAUAGCAGUAGCAGUCGUCGGGUGUCCUAUACAUAUAUUUACAUUUAAGUGAAAUACCAAUCUACUUUUUCACUCUAAGUUUAAGGAACUUCUUUUUAAAGGACACACAAUCGGCAAUAAAACAAGACGAUCUUGAAAAAACAA